AUGAUGGAUCAGUUUCUUACCUAUAUGGAAAAAGAUAAUGACACACUGGUGACAUCGUGUGAUGAUAAAGGAUGGGGGCCGACAGGAAUCACAAAUUGGCAUAAUGAGGACGACACAGUCGUAUGCAAAAUGAUGGUGCCGGCAUUAUUUUUCAUGAAUGGAUGGGGGACGGGUGAACAUGGGGGAUACGAUGCUUCGGCCGCAAGAACCCCAUUAGACACAUAUAUACGGUGCAUAAUUGUGAAUGUAUUUAUGUUCCAGUUAAUGAAAGCAAACUGUGGGAGAAAUCACGGUAUACGACAGGCAUUGCACAUAUUAGACCAGUUUAUGGCCACUGUGACUCAUGCUGUUAAUCUUAACAUGUGUACCUGGGUGGUUAAUAAUGAGCUGAAAGUAGGAGGAAAAGUAAUAGGCGCAGAAUUUGCUGAGUGGAUAAGGGGGAAUGCAACAAUGAAGGCCAAGAUGAAACAGUUACAGGAACGUGUAAAAUGCAAAAGAACGGGGAAACAGACAUCUGACCACUGGAAGCGACGUAUGGAAUUAUUGAAAGAAGGACAAUUGAGGGGAGCAAUGGAGAAAGAAAUGACGAGUAUAUUAAAGAAGGUAGGGAAGCAAGUAGAGGAGAUAUGGGGGCCAGUUCCUUCCGAAGACGACGAUGAGGACGACGACGAUGAUGAGGACGUAGACGAAGAUGACAAAGAUGAGGAAGACGCGAAUGGUAAGACCAGUAAGAAUACGACUCGUGCCGCGGCAAAGCCGGUGGCAACAAAACCGGCAGCACCCACACCACAAGGCGCCAAGCCCGCGGCCAUCAAGCCAGCGACGACGAAGCCGGUGCAGCCGACAACCGGCGACCAAGCAUCAGGGACAGGAACACCAAGUCAGGGAAAAGGAGAAGGAGUAGCAAGGAACGAGGAUACCGAGGACACGGCGCCAUCACCUCCUGCACAACCGCCUGUAUCACCACCGGACUCGGCAGGGACAGGACCAGGGUCACCAACAUCGGCAACAGGAUCGCAACCACAAGCACCGGCAUCCCCAGUAUUACCAGCACCGGGCACGCAACCACCUCCACCAGCGGAAACACCAAAGGAACCACCGGCCCCAGGAGGCACAGCCGGGGAAGGACAAGGACCGGGUCAGGGACCAGGACCUGGACAACAACCCCCACAGGCACCAUCAUCACAGCCAGGAAUAGAUGGAACUUUGCGGACAGACUCAGGUAAGACCCCAAUGAUAAACACAGACAAGACGAGUGUCCAACAGGAAUCGCCCAGGACCGAGAAAGAAUGUGAGAAAUAUGGGAGCGACCAUGUCAAACUCGGCGAUUGCCUGGACAAAGUACUGGAACCAAAAGUACACCAUGUUAGCGUGAAGUCGAUGUCAGUGGACCCAACACUACGAAACAACAAGACCCAGAUGCAGAACCAGGUCAAGCUGCACAGCCAGAGAAACCAACAUCAACCACGACACAAGAAGCAUCCGAAACAGCAGCUACACCGACCCCCCCCCGCACAACCAGGACCGCAGGACGAUGCAAAACCAGAAAAAACAUCAGAGGACGGUUCCCCUGGCAAUGGCCGCCACAAGGAUGCCGUCGUUGAUGGCGGCGGCAACGGACAGAAUGAUGACCCCCCUCCUCCCAAUCCACCCAAACCAAAACCCAACCCGAACCCAAAUCAAUCGGGUUCAUCGGGCAGCAGCGGCGUACCGGAUCCAGGGACAGGUGUUGCUGGUGGCGAUGGAGGAGGUUCCUCUGGAGCAGGUUCCACUGGCACUGUGAAACCAACUUCCUCAGGCACCGAUUCUACCGGUCACGGUACUGCACCUACAGGAGGUGGACGUGCUGCCCUUACCCCUGACACCCCUUCCGUUUUGCCCGGCCUCACAUGGGACGAUGUCAAGCCGUACACCCCCGCGAUCAUUCCCGCGGUGGUUGGUAUUGGCAUCAUUGCGUUUUUCCUCUGGAAGGUAAGUAUAUACGACAAUGCGGGCAUGCUGCAUGUGCAGGAUGUUUAUGCCUCAGAAACUCCCGACGGCCUGCAAUACAUGAUCGUUCUAACCAAUAUACUCCUACACCCGCGCACCAUCAUCGACAUACACUUAGAAGUGCUCAACGAAUGUGAAGCGACCGAAUGGGAAAACGUCAAAGACGACUAUUUGCAGAUUGUCGUGCAGGAGUUUGCGCAGGACUUGAUGCGGGACCCGAUUAUGUGCAGUAGCAUCUUGGAUGCUCCUAGCACAAACCAGGGUUUAUCAGGGAUAAAUGGUUCAUCCACCGUGGAUCCACCCAUUGACUCCGACGGCAUAGAUCCAUGUCGACCUAACGAAGAUAACCCCGAUCCAUGGAGUUGUAUGGAAACCAUACAGUUAGAAACGGACACUUCUGCAUCUAACGACCCCGAUCCAUGGAAUUGUAUGGAAACUAUACCGUUCGCCACGGACACUUGUCCACCUAAUGACGAUGACCCCGAUCCAUGGAAGUGCAUGGAAACCAUACAGUUCGCAACGCACCCAUGUCCACCGAAUGACCCCGAUCCAUGGAAUUGUAUGGAAACCAUACAGUUAGCCACGCACCCUUGUGCACCUAACGAAGAUGAUCCAUGGCGUUGUAUGGAAACCAUACAGUUCGCCACGGACCCUUGUGCACCGCAUGCACACGACCACGAUCCAUGGAGUUGUAUGCAAUCCAUACAGUUAGAUGCAGAACAGAGUCGUGCUCAUUCCAACCACAGGCAGGCGAACUCGGCCCACGACUGGCAUACCCAUUGGAUCCCUUGGAUCGACCGAAACAAACAUAUUCUGCGGGCGUGCACGACGCAGCCGUGGUUUUUGCAAUUAAAAGCGGCUUGGAAACAAUACCUGCGUGAGCACAUGGCGACAAACGCAGCAUCCGGUGAGCACAGGACAGCCGCAACCAUGGAAAGGCAGAAACUGGACUUGUGGAGACAGUGGAUAGCGCAACAAUAUCGGCAAAUGAGUACAUACACGGCAGAGGAGUGGUUCCAAUACCUAUUGAGGAACAUAGAAGAGGAAAACACAUUACACGGGCAACGAGUGCCCGGAGCUAACAAAGAACCAGUGCAAGCGGCCAUCAUAUCCGGCCUAAACACGGAAGACACCCACUUGAUGCCAGAAGUACCCCAUGAAGAACAUAUACCAUCCACCACCGUGAAACAGCGCGAACAGCAGGACCUAUAUCCGGAUCUAUAUAGGACGAAAUCGUUAACCGCUAAAACGUGGAUACUGCUCCUGGCAUUAGUCAUAGAACAGUGCGAGGUCGAGAGCAGUUUGCACGAUAGGGAGUUAUAUGUGGAUGACCUAUUGCACAAGCUCUGCAAUUAA